AUGUCUGACAAGCCCGCAACCCAGUCGGUCUCAAGCAAUGCAUAUGCUGGCUAUCAUCAGUCAAGAAUGCCGUACAAUGCAUCAGGCUAUCCACAGUACAAUGGAGCCAUGAACAUGACCAACUCCAAUCCCCUUUCCAACAUGCAGAACCUCAAGGCCACCCUGCCACCCUCUGCUUCGGUCGAGACUGAGAUGAAUGCAGUCAAUCGUCCCGGAUACAACAGCCCUUUGAUGAUGUUGCCGUCUGGUCAAGCCGUGCCACUCCCCAACUUCUACGGUCAGAACCAGACCUCAGCUGGAGAUGCUUCCCAAUUGCCCUACGUCCCCACUGGUAUGUUUCCGAGCUUCAUCGGAAAUACCAGCAUGGCAACAAGUGCUCUCCCAGGAUAUGGUUGGCCGUACAAUCUUGCCUCCAAUGUUGCCGGGUUUGAUCCAGGUCGUCGAGGAUCCUGGUCUUCCAAUGAAGAGAAUGCUUCCAACAACCAAAAUGUGGCGCCGCAGGGUCAAUCGGACUACUACAACUCCAUGGCCUACCUGUCGACCACUCCUGCCAGCCAACACUACGUUGCUGGGCCCAUUCAACCAAUGAAGUGUCAAGACAACAAAUCCUACGAGAUGGUCAACCUUGAUGAGCUCGUCAACCGUGACCCACAGAUCCCUCGUGCAGUGCCCGCCAUGUGGACCAACCAGGAGGAACUCAGCCUGGCCAAAUGUCUUCAGAAUCCCGAGGGCAUUACCAACGUCUACAUUCGUGGCUUCAUGCCGGACACCACCGAUGAAGAUCUUGAACGUUGGGCUUCUCGCUUUGGUGAGAUCGAGUCAUGCAAGGCCAUCAUCGAGCAGGACACGGGAAAAUGCAAAGGCUUUGGGUUCGUCAUGUACUAUUCUCCCGCUGCUGCAGAGAACUGUAUCCGUGGCUUCUUCCAUCUUGGGUUUCAAGCCAGCUAUGCUCAGAAAUCUCGCAACUCCCGACUCAAGGACUUGGAGGAUAAGAACUCUACCAACAUUUAUUGCACCGGGGUUCCUAUUGAUUGGAAUGAAUCAGAUCUGGCCAAACAUUUCUUGCCGUAUCACGCCGUCUCCACCAAGAUCUGCCGCGAUGCACCAUCCGGAGUCAGCAAGGAAGUUGGCUUUGCAAGAUUCGAAACACGUGAGAUCGCAGAACGUGUCAUCAAAGAAUUCCACUCUGUCCUCAACGAGCGUGAUGGCAUCAAAUUGUUCCUCCGCUUUGCCGACACCAAAGCUCAGAAGCAGCUCAAACAACAGAGUCAAGAACGUCGCAACUGGCGCAGCCGCGAAUACAGCUACUCGGUUGAACACACUCCAUCUCCAACUCUGUCUCGAUUGCAGAACGUGAACAACCACAUCAGUCCGAAUGGCAGUUGGCAGUCUCCGGCUGGAACUACCAAUGGCUUCACUCCAGCGACGUCAGUCUCUCCGCCUGAGCUUCCGGGUGUCAACAACAAGACUGCGACCAUGAUCCGCAACUCCACGUCGACUUGGCCAAUGCAGGGGGGACUGCAGUCGAUUACCAACUCCACCACUGUUAGGACCAAUCUUCCAGCAGCCCAUCCUUACAUUGAAGUCCCGCCAAAGUCUGCGGCCGCAAUUGCAAUCAUCCCAGACAAUGGAAACAUCAGCAAGAAGACCAAGACUCCAAGUCCAAAGAAGGUCACCAUUAGAAUUGAGCCAGCCAGCGGCAAGGAGAACUACACCGCCACCACUCCGCAAUCUUGCAAAUGA